AUGUCACCAGCGUUUAGUCCCGGCGUGGCAGCGGGUUCCCCGCACUCUGGCGCCUCGAGGGGUGGCAGGCCGCGAGACUGGAAUGAUAGCCGUGGUCGCCAGCUCGUCCGCAUGUAUGUCUACACGGAGAACAAGAUGGACAUCAUGCUGGAGGCGAUCCGGGAUCGCCACUGGGCUCCGCAGAAGGAUGCGGCGAACAAGGUGUUACACAAGUGCCUGGGGAACGAUCCCCGGUGGCUUCGACCGAAGUCCAAAGCAGAGUCGAAACAGCAAAUCAAAGCACUCGAAAACAGCACCCGUCCAGUCUUUCGGCAGCCUGCCGCCGGAUCUCUUACUGCUGCUGGAGCCAUGCAACUCGACACAUCCAAUCUGGAGGGGAAUGCUCUAGCUCUGAACGUCGAUGCACCAAUGAGUGGAGUGAGCCCCAACCCAGACAAUAACCGAUGGUCAUCGUCGCCUUAUUCGCUGUCUUCUCCCAACGGAUGGCAAACAUCCUUGCAGUCUGCGACAUUCGCCUACAGUGGUCCAAUAGAGUGGCCGCAGCUGCCUCGGAGGAACUCAGCACUGUCGGAUGUGACUGUGUCCAGUAUGGCAAGCAGUUUCCUGGAACGGCUCACGGUCAAAGGCGCCUCACCGUCGGAUGCAGCCGAUCUCUGGAAACUCUCAAGGAGGUUCACGGCCCCCAGGUCCGCAACUUCCAGUCCUUCGCUGUCGUCGCCUUUACGUGCUUCUCCGCCUGGCCACCAAGCAUUCCCUAGCGCCGACAUGCCUUUGUUGCUCGAUCAAUCCAGGGCCGGCUAUGCAGUCGCGGGUGAUUUUAUCAAUAUUGGGCACGGGUUCAGCUUCGAGGGUGACAAGACCUGCGACAAAACUUCGGAAGCUCAUGACAAUGGAAACUGUUGGUGCGCAGUCUCUGAGCAGCUUUUCAAUCACUUCCAGAGUAUGCCUUCUGCACGGAUCGUUCUUGCCCCUGACGCCCAAGCUGUAUGGGCUCUGCGCGAUAUCAACACUGCCGCACGGGACGAGUUCGGCCACUCGGCGCUGCACCUGUUAGCCAGUCUUGAACAUUGCCACUCUCAGUUGCUGAGCGUUGUGGCCGAAGCAUUGACUGGCAAAGACCAGGUGUUAAGUGCCGCCAACACCGCCCGCCAGACGUUCCUGCACAUGCUUCAUCCUUCCUGGUUCUUGCCAGGAUCGCAACUGGAGAACCUGAUCCACAUCCUCAAGCAGUCGCAUUUCGACAUUCUCGGCCGGGAUGUUUUUGGGAGGAAUGUGUUCCACAUCAUGCGCGAGCACAAUGUUGAAUUUCAGCGGCUCCAAGGUUGUGCUCUGGGACUCAAUCCGAAAGUCCUGAAUGUGCGCGACGCCUUUGGACGAAUGCCUCUGCGAGCACUCCCCUCUGGACCAAGUCUCCAUGCUGCUCGAUCCAUACGCCGUGUCAUCGCUGCGCGGAGAUUGACAGCUUCAUCCUCCGAUGGCCCACCCACAAUCGAAUCAGAUUCGAGAAUCAUCGCUCAAACGAAGCUUUUGAAGAUCAUCUACGCCGCUACGGCUACGGACUCCAGCCGUGCGGACCCGACGAUGGAGGAUCUCGAGGGCCGCAAUGGCUUUCAUGCAUUGGCGGAAGUCAUCCUUGGCGUCACACCAAUGAUAGAUCAUGUGAGCAGGGGGCAGAAGCGCAAGCACGAUGAGCCCACCAUUGACCAACCGAACCCCGAGCCAAUGCCACGGAUAACGCAUUUGGAGGCGCUGAUCGACGCCAAAGUCGAUAUCAAUCAUCACAACGUUGCGGGUGACACACCACUGAUGACGUUUGUGGUGCAACUUUCCGAUGGCAAGACCAAGGCAGAGAACGUCGAAGUGCGUGGCAUUAUCAACGGCCUCGUUGGCGCCGGUGCUGAGAUGGAGAGACGCAACCGUCGAGGCGAGACGGCCCUGCUUGUCGCCGCACGCCACGGACAGAAAGUCGCAGUGGAUGCUCUGCUCAAACUUGGCGCGAAUCCCUAUGUGCGCAACUCGGAAGGGCAGAGUGCCCUCGAUGUGGUUGACAGUAUGUGGAGAGUGAGUGAGGCUGCGAUGGGCUCGUACGAGGCGUGUCGCAAGCUGCUGUGUGGAGGCCAGGCUCUGAAGUCCGAACCGAAGCAAAGCCCUAGCAUCUUCGAUGAGUGGACGUUUGGCGUUCCAACGGUUUCGACGAGUUGA